CCAUAUCAGAACCAUGCGCGCGCGCCCCUUCGGUCGAGCAUUUAUAGUUAUGCGUUGAACAUAAGGAACUCUUUAUAGUCCGUGCGCGCGAGUGGAUCGCACGCAUCUCGCGGCUCUAUUCGAACCCCUUUCCGUGUUGACAAAUAGUAGAGAAAAAAAAACAAUAUAGUGUGAAAAUGAGUUGGGGCCCUGAGCACGAUCGACCUUGCGCGAAGCUGGAAAUCAACGAGGCGGUGGGCAAGCUGCUUCAGACUUUUAAUUACGAGACUAUUGUGCCACAACCUUCCAAAGGUGGCGGCUACAACCGGCGGCAGCACGUGAAGCGGCCGAUGAACGCGUUCAUGGUGUUCGCACAGGCCAUGCGCAGGCGGCUGUCUGAACAGCGGCCUUCGCUGCACAACGCCGAGCUCAGCAAGUCAUUGGGCUCCAUGUGGAAGAGUUUGAGUGAAGACCAAAAGUUGCCAUUUGUGAAGGAAGCUGACAAACUGAGGACGCAGCACAAGAUCGAAUACCCUGACUACAAGUAUCAGCCGCGACGUAGGAAGCCUCCGCCGGCGGCGCCGCCGCGACUCAAGCGCGAACCGUCAUUGGAACGGUCACAAAUAGACUUUUCUAGAAUAGAAGUGGACGGAGGUUUAUUAGAGGAUGGGCCUCCGGAUGGUGCGGAGUUGGAUCAGUACCUGAAACCUACGCAUGCCUCACAUUCGACGGAAUACCACGAGCUGCAGCCGCGCUACGUCGCUCACGCCCACCACGCUUCCGCCAUCUACCCCGCGCCCCCGAACCUCUACCCGCCUUGCCACGACUGGGUGCAGUACCCACAUCCAUAAGUCCAAACGUUUAUUUAUGUAAACGAGGCAUAGAUUUUUUUGUACUUUAUGAUAUAGGUCACUUGACACAGUUGCGCGCCGCCGCCACAUGCUUUCCGUGGAAGCGCACGUGCGUUUACUUAUCAAAGCGCAACACUAAAAUAUUUAAACAAACAAAUUCGGCAUCAAGAUCUCUUUCACGCUAGUUACAAAUCAACUCGAUAUUAUAAUUGUUCUCGUAACUCGUGAUUCUAAUACUUCUAACUGCUUACUUGUAUUUGUUGACGCUAUAUCAAGCUAUUCCUUUGAUUCCAAAGUUAAUUAAACUCCUAAUAGGUUCCUAGUCUAAGUUAAUUUGUAAUUAAGUUUUUUAUCAUUCAUAUUGAGUAAGUUAUAAUUUGUGAUUAAACAGUGUAAACUGAAAGUUGUAUAAUUAUAAGUAGUGUGAUAGGUAGGUAAGGAAGGUAUCUACAGAGCUUGCAGUCGCUCGUAAAAAAUAUUCACGUGACCGAUGCGAGUAAUGAGGAUCAGAUCUCGUGACUUUACUGUACAGUCACGUCUGAAACACGAUCGAAGUGCCAAAAGUAUGUAUACACGACCUUAUGGCCUAUAUAUUAGGGUAGUGUAUACAUAUUUUUGGCACUUUGUCCGUAUCGAUAUAUUCAGACGUGACUGUACCUAUUUUUGGGUUACUACUUGUCCAACCUUUAUUAAGUAAUGAGACCUGAAAUGGACAUAACGUAAGCAAUAAAGCGAUUUACGUUAAAUAAGCUUCGACACAAGAUUUUGAACAUUUGCAAUGUCGCCAGUUGCUGAAAGAGCAAUGUGGAAUUGCGCCACAGGGCGCCACACGGCACUAUCUGACCUACGAGGAAAAACUAAAAACUUUAAACGACGAAAAGUUCUUAAUAACUAAUUUGUACUAUGUAUUGUAUCUGUACAGGCAUAACAGUAAUUCUUGUUAGAAAUUUCUUAUAUGUAUGUAAAAUUGUGUUCACAAACGCGAAAGCUAAUUUUGUUAACGCAUUCUCAAAAUAGGUAGUUAUUAUAGUUUAUUUAAAAUAGUUAUGUAAGGCAACAUUAUCAUUGUUAAAUUUUAAUCAAAACCAAUAAAACAGAUUUUUACAAAA